UAGCAAGCCAACAGAGUCUCAAUACAAGGACAUUGCAAACGAUUUUUGUAAUAUGUGGAACAUUCCGAAUUGUGUCGGUGAAAUUGAUGCAUCGUUUUGAGGGCUGUAAGUGAUGCGAAAUAUACUUACGUUCAGAGCAGUUAGUAUUGGCAGCUAUGGAAGUCAAAGUGACGGAGGAAUCUUUCGACUUACUCCAUUUGGCCAUGCAUUAUUACAAAACACUCUGCCUUUGCCACCACCUGUGCCACUGUCUGACGUGUCACCGGAACCUUUUCCUUACUUUUUCGUUGGAGAUGCUGCAUUCCCAUUACGAAAUAAUUUAAUGCGCCCAUUUCCUGGAGCUAAUCUAGCACACACGAAACGUAUUUUCAAUUAUCGAUUGUCACGCGCUCGUAUAGUCAUAGAAAAUUUCUUUGGUAUAUUGACUGCUCGGUGGAGAAUUUUGAAAAUAACGAUUGAAUGUAAUCCAGAAAAUUGUGAAAAAAUUGUGUUGGCUUGCAUAGCCUUACACAAUUUUAUAAUGUUGAAUGACCACAAUCGCUGGUAUUGUCCGGAGAACUAUGUAGAUCGAGUGGAAGGACCCGGUGAGUAUCGCCGGGAAAAUGAAAACAACUCUGUGCGACCAGUGCCAACUUCGGUGCGUAGAGGUCCUUCAAAUGCGUUUAACUUACGGGAGAGACUUAACAAUUUAGAGUCUAUUAUAGGAGGACCAUAUGCUCCUGGAGGACCUUAUUAG